UAUUUGUGAGUAUCUCCAUCCAACUAGAAAAGUGAAGUUGGUUUGAUUGAUGAUAGCAAUUGUGGUUGUUAUAAUAAUAAUAAUAUACCGAAAUGGGGUCUCUUCCUCUAACUAGUAAAUCCUCAUUCUUCAUCACUACAACUCAAUUUCCUUUCUUCUCAUCAUCAUCAAAUACUAGAAGAAGAACUACAACAACAACAACAACUGUUUUUCUGAACCAGAGAAAAAACUACAAGGUUUUUGCCUCAUCUUCACGCGAUGAAGACAAAAAUACCCCUCAACUCGAUAAUUACGACCUCAUGGAACUCAAAUUCGGUCGUUUACUUGGUGAAGACCCUAAACUCACCCUUGCCAAGGUAUUGGGAAGAAAGGCCAACCCUGAUGCAUCUUAUCUUGAUAUUGAGAAAUCCUUUUAUAAAAGAAAAAAGGGUAAAGUUGUGGAUAUUGAGGAACUUCCAUUUGAAGUUGAAAGACCUUGGGCAAAACCCAAACCCAAUUCUGAUGAUAGUGAUAACAAUGUUGAAAUGGAGAUUAAGAAACCUAAUCAAGCCCUGAGGAAACCGGUGAAUGUUACAAAAAGUAAUGUUCCUAUUGUUAUUUUGAGAAAGCCGUCCCUGUAUAAUGAGGACAAAGACGGGGAUGAAGAUGUGGACAUGUCUUCGAGGUUGAGAAUGAAACCGAAUUUUUCUCUUAAAAUGCAGAGUGGACAAGUGAAGGAGAAGUUUAGUGACAUGACAUUGUUGAGAAAGCCUGGAUCGUUAAUUGGUAAAAAUGUUGAAAGUGAGUUGAAGACGCGGAAAGAAGAGCCAAGUUAUGAAGUUAGUAACUUGACCUUGUUGGAACAACCACACAGACCAGGCUGCAAUAAAGAAGUAGAGAAGUCUGCAAAGCCAAGUGAUGAAGUUAGUAAAUUGACCUUGUUAGAACAGCCACACCGGCCAAGUUGCAAUAAAGAACUUGAGAAGUUUGCAGAGCCGAGUGAUGAAGUCGAGAAGUUGACCUUGUUGGAACAGCCACACAGACCAAGUUCUAAUAAAGAACUAGAGAAGUUUGCUGAGCCAAGUGAUGAAGUCGCAAAAUUGACCUUGUUGGAACAGCCACAAAGAGCAAGUAGCAAAGAAGAAGAGCAGUUUGGAGAGCCAAGUGAUGAAGUCUCAAAUUCGACCUUGUUGGAAAAGCCACAAAGUGCAAGUGACAAAGAAGAAGAGCAGUUUGAAGAGCCAAGUGAGGAAGUCGCAAACUUGACAUUGUUGGGACAGCCACAGAGACAAAGUGCCAAAGAAGAAGAAGAAGAAGAAGAGCAGUUUGGAGAGCCAAGUGAUGAAGUCACAAAUUUAACCUUGUUGCAACAGCCACAAAGAGCAGGCGACAAAGUAGAAGAAGAGAAGUUUGGAGAUGUGAGAGUCGUGGUCCCAAUUGAUGGAUCAGAGCAACAGAAGCAGAGACAAUCAGAGGUCCAUCAGGAACAAUUUGAUUUAAAUCAACCAUCUGAUUUAAAUUCAGUUGGUUCUAAGACGGAGUUGUCCGUAGAAGCUGCAAUACAAGGAAAGCCAAAAAGAUUAGAUCCAUAUGAGAAACAAACCUCAAAAUCAGUUGGAGAAGAGACUGCUUCCCUUGAUCCUGAAAGUCGUCGAAACAGUGAUGAAUCAGGAAAUCUUGUUGAUGUGUUAGAUAUUCUGGAAGGCGAAGAUACUGAUUGGACCAAGGCAGAAGAUUUGAUUAAGACUGGAGAUAGAGUUGAUGUGGACGUAGUAAGCUGCAAUGUCAAGGGUUUCGUUGUUUCUUUUGGUACCUUGGUAGGAUUUCUGCCAUACCGAAAUCUUCUGUCUAAGUGGAAAUUUUUAGCUUUUGAGUCAUGGGUAAGACAGAAGGGCUUGGAUCCAUCAAUGUACAAGCAAAACUUGGUCACUGUGACAAAUUAUGAUGCUGAAAAUAGUAAUUUUUCUGCUGAUUCACCUUCACAUAUGGAGAAUGAUGGUAAACUUGAAGAUAAAAUUUCACCAGAUAUGAAAUUGGAAGAUCUGUUAAAGAUUUAUGACCAAGAGAAAAUCAAGUUCUUAUCAUCAUUUAUUGGACAGCAAAUCAAAGCAUACGUGUUACUAUCAGACAGGAAAUUGAAAAGGCUCAUAUUUUCACUAAAAGCAAAAGAGAACGAAGAACUAACUGAAAAGAAGAGAAAUCUCAUGGCUAGACUUCAAGUUGGUGAUAUUGUGAAAUGCCGCAUCCAAAAGAUAACUUACUUUGGAAUUUUUGUUGAGGUUGAAGGAGUUUCUGCACUAAUUCAUCAAUCAGAAAUAUCGUGGGAUUCCACGUUGGACCCAUCUAAUUAUUUUAAGAUUGAUCAGGCUGUAGAGGCAAAAGUUCACCAGAUAAACUCUGCUCUUGGCCGCAUAUUUUUAUCAUUAAAGGAGGUCACGCCUGAUCCAUUGAUGAACUCCUUAGAGUCUGUAGUUGGAGACCAUGAACCCUUUGAUGGGAGAUUGGAAGCAGCUCAAACAGAUGUAGAGUGGUCUGAAGUCGAAUCUCUUAUAAAAGAAUUGCAAAAAAUUGAGGGCAUCCAGUCAGUUUCAAAAGGCCGUUUUUUCAGGAGCCCUGGUUUAGCUCCCACAUUUCAGGUUUAUAUGGCAUCCAUAUUUGAGAAUCAGUACAAGUUGCUUGCCCGAUCAGAAAACAAAAUACAAGAGGUGAUGGUUCAAACGUCUUUGGAUAAAGAAAUGAUGAAAUCAAUUAUUAUGACAUGUGCAAAUAGAGUAGAAUAGUUGUGGCAUGUGCCUCUGAACAAGUCAUUGCCUGAUUUUUGGUGAUUGUACAUUCUUUUGGGGAGUGCUGGCUGCAAUCAUAGGAGCACUUCAAGUUAAUUAUACAAGAGGUUUGUGGCGUGGGUCGAAGUUUUCUUUCCCAGAAAAAAAAGGCCGGGUGGAAUCCGUGCUCCUAGGUUAAAAUGAUGUCAUAUAUUUCUGUUCUUUUUUGUGCACAGCGACCACUUGAGAAAUUAUUUAAUCUUCAUGGUCGAGUAUAUUAUAUUAUGAAAUAGUAGCAAUUCUUGAAACAACUACUGCAUAUAUGUAGUAUAAUCUCUCUGGUAAAUUGCACAUAUAAAAUUAAGGCUGGCAUUGUGCAGAGGCUUGGCUAAUAAGAAAAUGAGUUGAUUGAA